AAAUUCCCCAAAAAUAUCUUGUUUACGUCAAACAGUUUAAAACCUCUGGUUAUUUAAAAGAAGAAAUUGGUCUUUACGCUCUUCUUAGAGUGUGAUUUUAGAAAAACAAUCUGGUUUAAACAGUUUUAUUGUUAUUCUACAUUACUUGUUAGUUUGGGGGGAUUCCCUUGACCUAAUUUUAUUCGCCCAAGAUCCAGUUCUAGGAUUUCCGCUCUGGAAUGAUGUUGUGUUUACCUGAACUGUCGGCCUGCCAAAUGUUAUAUUAGCUAUUUUAAGGAAUGCCUUGCUAUACUAAAGCCAUGCUGAAUCUCGUGCAUUUAAUGACAUUUUUCUUGGUAGUGUAUUUUUCAUGUGAGGCUACAGAGAAACAGCAAGAUGUAACAGUGUCAUUUGAAGAAUUGGUUAAGGAGCUAAAACUCUCAGAACAGGAGAUAAAUGACUUAAAAAUAGUUCAUGAUCUAAAUAGAGAUGGCUACUUUAGCCUGGAGGAAAGUGAUGAAGCUGUCUGGGAUGUUACUCAAAAGCUAUCACAGGAGAAAUUGAAGGAACUUCUUCUGAAAGUGGUUGAAAGUAGAAAAGGCCAAGUACAUGAUGACAGGCAUGUGCCAGUGGUUGAAACUCCACCAUGGAAAUUUGGUUUUCGUGAAGUAGGUCUUGUGGUCUUCUUGCUCUUGCUGGCAGCCAUAGGGUAUGGAAUGACCCGGAAAAGACAAGAACAGUUAGGGAGAGCACCGUCAGCUGCAGAGUUGAGAAAUGCGCGACUAUCAAAAUUGACCAGGUCUUCCCCUCAAGAGCCAUCACAAUUACCACAGAAAGAUGGAAAAAGUGAUAUUUCACAGAAAAAUGUGAGAAAGAGGAAACAUGAAAACCAGGAGUCAUCACAUAAGAGUCCAGCAGCACUGAAACAAAAUUAUGAUGAUUGUGACAACGAUCGAGCAGACAGUGAAGAUGCCGCAGUUGUUGGUAAAACAGAAACAGAACCUCUAAUAUCCACAGUGACAAAUGCCCAUACUGCUAAAGAGGAUCAGCAGGAUAUUUCCACUGCAGAAAUGACUGGUUCAGUGAGGAGUCCUGCUCUAGCAGUACCAAAAACAAAAGUCAAACAAAAGAAGCAACAGCAACAUGGGAGGGGUUAGUAAUAGUACACUCAUU